UAUAAGGGAAGAAAAUAAAAGGAGAAGUUUGGAAUUGGAUUGGGAGAGAGUGAAAAUGGAGUUGGAAGCAGUGAAGAAGUACUUGGAGAAAGGAGUGGGAACAUCAUCGGAGGUUGAUGGCUUGCCACCGAGUUUUCUGGAACCCCUAAUAAUGAAUUCGCUUAAGGUUGAUCUCAUCGAACCUGGUCGCAUUCUCUGUUCCAUGAAGAUACCUCAACGUUUACUCAACGCUGACAAUACGUUGCACGGUGGUGCCGCCGCUGCGCUGGUGGAUGUGGUGGGCUCCGCCGUGAUUCCCACCGUUGGGUAUGGUCUCAAUAUGAUGGGGGUUUCCGUUGAGAUUAAUGUUUCCUACUUGGAUGCUGCCUAUGUCGAUGUAUCUCACCAAACUAUCUAUCUCCUUUGAUUAUUGAUUUGUU